GGCUUUGAGGUGGCGACGUUUGCGGGAGGCUGCUUCUGGGGCACCGAGCUGCACUUCCAACGCAUCCCGGGCGUCGUCGCGACCUGCGUGGGCUACACGCAGGGCGGCGUUCCGGCGCCCACCUACGAGCAAGUGUGCUCUGGCACGACGGGCCACACCGAGGCGCUGCAGCUGCUCUUUGACCCGUCCGAGUGCAGCUACGAGAGCCUCUGCGCCAAGCUCCUCUCGACGGUCGACCCGACGGCGCGCAACCGCGUCGGCAACGACCGCGGCACGCAGUACCGCCACGGCAUCUACUCGCACACGCCCGAGCAGGCCGAGGCGGCGAGGCGGGCGCUCGAGCUCGAGCAGGCGAAACAGUCUGCGCCGGUGGUGACGGAGAUGCUGCCGGCGCGGGUCUUCUACCCCGCCGAGAACUACCACCAGCGCUACCUGCAGAAGGGCGGCCAAAACGCGGCGAAGAACGCGCCGGAGAAGGUGCGGUGUUACGGG